AUGGACGAAAAGAACCCCAAGCCGGUGGCCCCGGACAGCGAUUCUGAGAUUGCUCCCGAGCAUCGUGAAUAUCUCCUCCAACGCCAUGGCACCUUUGAGCUGGACCCGGUCCCGGCCAUGGACGACGAGGACCCCUACAACUGGCCUGCAUGGAAGAAACACACCAACCUCGUCCUCGUCGCGUUCCAUGCCAUGAUGUGCACCUUUAUCGCCUCCUCCAUUAUCCCCGCCUAUCGCGACAUUUCAUUGGAUUUAGGAGUCAGUAUGGACAAGACAUCGUACUUGACCUCGCUGCAGAUUGCCAUCAUCGGCGGAGCCCCUCUCUUUUGGAAGCCGCUGUCCAACCGCUUCGGUCGUCGUCCCAUUUUCCUGAUUUCGCUGGUCGGUAGCUUGGUAUGCAACAUCGGCUGCGCCAAAAGCCCUUCGUAUGCCUCCAUGGCCGCCUGCCGCGCCCUGGUAGCCUUUUUCAUCUGCCCGGCCGGUGCUCUGGGAAGUGCCGUUGUGGCCGAGUGCUUCUUUCGCAAAGACCGCGGCCGAUACAUGGGUGUCUGGGCUUUGUUGGUGACUUUGGGAGUGCCGGUCUCUCCCUUUAUCUUUGGAUUUGUCGCCCAGCGUGUUGGUUAUCGGUGGAUCUAUUAUAUUCUGGCAAUUACAAAUGGUGUGCAGCUGAUUUUGUGUAUUUUCCUCAGUCCGGAGACUCGCUACAUCCCAGGCUCGCCCUCGUCCGUUGCUGGCUCCGGCUUUCGCCAGGAAUAUCUCACUUUCCGACGCAUCGACCCGACGCCGCUUCGUCUGUAUGAGUUCAUCCAACCCCUUACCUUGGCUGGUCGCGCUACAGUGAUGAUCCCCGCGGUGGCCUACUCCAUGGUGUUUUUGUUCAGCAGCGUCAUGACUACAGUUGAAAUCCCCCAGCUGUUGCAAGAAAAAUUCCAUCUGGAUGCCCAGGGACUCGGCUUGCAAUUUCUGAGUCUCAUCAUCGGAUCCGUACUUGGAGAACAACUCGGAGGGCCGUUGUCGGAUCUGUGGAUGAACCGGAAAACCCGUCAAUCGGGGCAACGCCCGCCGUCGGAAUACCGAUUGUGGCUAAGCUACAUUGGCUUCCUGCUCUCUAUAGCUGGCUCCGUCGUGUUUCUGGUGCAGACGGAGAAAUCCCCCUCCGGGCAUUGGAAUAUCACGCCCAUUGUGGGAGUGGCAAUUUCUGCGUUCGGAAACCAGGUUGUCACGACAGUAUUGAUCACUUAUGCGGUCGAUACCAAUUCGACCGAGGCUGCGUCAGUCGGGGUGCUGAUUACCUUUGUCCGCCAAAUCUGGGGUUUCAUUGGACCUUUCUGGCUCCCGCACAUGUUUUCUAGUGUCGGCGUUGCCAACAGUGCCGGAAUUGCUACUGCGCUGAUUGUUGUUGCCAGUCUUAUUCCCACAGCGCUGCUUCAAUGGCGCGGCGAACUUUGGCAUACUAAGAAGCAAGAUAAGAUGUCUGCAUAG